CUUACUCUUUGAAAUUAUUUUUCUAUUGCAUCGUUUGGAAGAUAGAGUUUGACACUACAGAAUAGAGAUUAAUUUGAUUUAAUUUUUCUAUUGCAUCGUCACACCCGCCACCGCCGAAGAUCCAGACACCACCGUCGAAGACCCAGGCGUUGCCGCCGCAGAUAGAAGCGUCGUCGCAGCUGACAGAAGCGCCACCGCCUGACGGAGAUGUCGUCCGACGAAGACGAACUAGUCGCUGGCAGAGGCCAGCGAGGUCGUGGAGUCGGCGGCCGUUUUCGCAUUCCUAGGCUUAUGGACCCUUAUUCGAUGAGACUACCGCCGACGACAAUUGAUCCAGCUCCGGUCGAUCCCGUACUUCUUUGGGGACAUGGCCAACAUCGUAUCGACUCAAUUUGGGCAAACGAGGUAAGUAUUUGAUAAUUAUUCAUGUAAAGUUCAUUAGCUAAUUAGAUUAUUUUAGUUGGUGAACUGAACUGUACUGAAAUUAGAAUAGGAUUACGUAUCAAAUUUUUUGAAAUUAGUAUAAUUUGAUAUUAGAUUAUAUAGAUUAGAAUUUAUUAGGUGAAAAUUAGGAUUACUACGAAUGAAAUUGAAUUAAUAUA